GCAAAAUAUAGGUUUAACAGAAAUACACAGGGAAGUUGUCACCAGCACAUAUACUGCUCUUUAAAGACAUGGAGGACACAGUACAUCUUUACAAGUCGGCACUGCUGGUUAUUGGUGUCCAUUUGUGUCUGGGCUCAGUCUUGGUGGAUCCCAGUCUGUGUGGAUACAAUAUUUGCUGCUCAAACUAUAUAUUUGAUGGGAACAGGUGCAUAGAGUGCCCGGCGGGGACUUAUGGAGUGAACUGCAGUGAAGCUUGUCCGGAAGGAUACUAUGGACGUUUAUGUAAGGACGUAUGUCCAUUACAGUGCGACCAAACAUGUGACGUAAUAUCGGGGGAAUGUCCAGAGUGUACGCCUGGAAAAUAUGGAGUCAACUGCAGUGAAGGUUGUCCCGAUGGAUUCUUUGGACAGUUAUGCGAGAAGAAAUGUCCAUCAGAGUGCAACGAAACAUGUGACAAAAUAUCGGGAGAUUGUCCUGAGUGUCCCUCAGGUUAUCAUACAGAAAACUGUACUGAAAUUUGUCCUGAUGGAUUUUACGGACUUUUAUGCAAGGAAAAGUGCCCUCCACAGUGUAACGAGACAUGUAAUAAAACAUCAGGAAGUUGUCCAGAAGGUAUGGAUACUGAUCUAAAGAAAAAACUUAUAAAAUUCGUAGAAGGAAACAUCUGGAUAGUUAUUGGAACAUCGUCAAUUUUUGUCCUCUGUUCCUGUGUGUGGUCUGUUAUGUUUUAUAAGAUUUGUACAAAAGACAAAGAACGAGUCAUCGACCAUUUAGCAGAUCAGAAUCCCCAACAGUCUAACUUUUAUGAAAAUAAUGAAGCUUCAAUCCAACAUUCAACGAGCGUGCAACCACCUCCUCCGGUUCAUGAAAACAACAAACCAGUGCCGCUAGAACAAGUUGAAUAUAGCAAAGUCAAAAAGCGCAACAGUCAAAUUCGAAAAAAUGUUGUAUCCAAGGAAAUGACGUCACAUGAAGAUUAUAGUGAUGAAAGUGAUGACAUGUUUGAUAGUGAUGAAUUUGAAGAAAGCAAUGAGAUAUGUAGCAAAGUCCAAAUCUCUGAUCUACCAAAGACGUUUCAACCAGAGCAGCGAUCAAUGCGAAGACCAAACGAAGCGUAUGGAAGCAUUUGGCUCUAAGAAGUACACCUGAUUUCAAAACUUUUCUUUUCCAUGCUUGCCAAGAAAUUCAAGAAAUAGUGAAAUCAAGGCAUCUGAAAAAGCCAUCAACUGCUAUUAAGUGUCUAUGGCAAGGACAAUUCAUAUAGAUUAGAAAACGCAAUUGUAGAGUAAAUGUAUCAAACCUUGCUUUAUCAGAAAUUCAACAAAUUUUACGUUCAACUUUUUCCUUGAACUUUUAGAGAUUGUUUAACCAAUAAUUUAAUAAAAACAAAAUGAAGAUAAUUGUGAAAUCCUACAUUACAAAGAUUUUUAAAUGAGUUUAAUAGUUAUCCAAAACUUAACUACACCACUUUUUUUUAUUGGUCUUUGUAUUAUUGCUACAUGGAAUAAUUAUCAAAGUAAUUAUAAAUCUGUACCUUACUUCUUGGUAUUUACAAUCAUAUGCAAGUUUAAUGAGGAGUUCUAAUUAUGUUACUUUAGAUUGAAUUCGGUAUCUUUAAAAUGGAUCUUAGGCCAAUGUGUACGAUACAAAGUCUUGUCUUAGGUAUAUGUUUUUAUGGACAUUGAAAUAUGACUAUCUUGCUACAAGAAACAAAUGAUAAACAUGGAAACAUGUUUCUUGAUGAAAACAUAAUUAAAUAUCAGUUAAAAUAGUAAAUAUUCAUAAGGAGAAUAUAUAAACAUUAAGUUUGUUUCACAUAUCUUUGUCACAAUUAUUGAUAAAGUUUUAAUAUCAAAGAUUCUAUUUACAUCAGUAUCUUCCUUUUUCUUCAUUGUAUGAUCAUUUAAUAUAAUUUCUUGAAAUUCAUUAUGCCCAGAAACCAAACAUAUUCACGAAUAUAUUUGAUGGUGAUAUGUGAUGUACAACAAGGUCUCAAGAAUUCCCAUUUAAUUUUCAGAAUUUGCAAAUAAUUCAAACAUUGAUUUUUUUUCUUUUUUAAUGUGCUAGACAAAUAUCAUGUCAAAAUAAAAACAAAGUGGUAAAACCAUUUUUUAGGUCACCCAAGUCACUCAGGUGACCUAUUGCAAUCGGUUCUCGUCCGUCAUCAUGCAUCGUGUACAUCGUCCGUCGUGCAUUUAACAAUUUUCACUUCUUCUUAAAAACUACAUGGCAAAUGCUUACCAAUUCUUUUGGGUGAAGCGUCUCUAUGGUAAGAGGAAUUUAAAUUGUGAAAUUCAUGGCUCUACAAUCUACAGGACGCCAUAGGCGGGGCUAAAUAUGUAAACAGCCCAAUUUUCAAAAAAAAUUUCUCUAGUCCCACAUGUGUGGAAAAAAAUUAAACGCAUUGUUAUCAUGCCCAUGAAGUCCUCUACCAAAAUUUUGAAAUUUAUGAUCUCAGGGUCAGGGAUUCAGGCCCUAGGGAGGAGACAAUAUAACCAUGUAGUGAAAAUGUAUUGAUUUUAUAUUUUGUUCUGAAG